AUGACAGACGUCGCAUCUCUUUUCUCCCUCAGUGGCAAAACUGCCCUCGUUACCGGCGGAACCCGCGGCAUUGGCGCUGCAAUGGCCAUUGCGCUUGCAGAGGCCGGGGCCGAUAUUAUCCUCAUUCAGCUAACAUGCGACGCGCAGAGAGACACCAGUAACACCACGACAAGAGACCAGAUUACGCGCUUAGGCCGCAAAGCCACAAUCCACGCCGCCGAACUUUCCGACCGGUCUGCCGUAAAGGCCAUUAUCCCAACGCUCGUAUCGCAAGGGCACAACCCAACAAUCCUGCUAAACUGUGCAGGGAUUCAACGGCGGCAUCCAUCCGAGAGAUUCCCCGACGAGGACUGGGACGAGGUUCUCAACGUCAAUUUAACGAGCGUCUUCACGCUCUGUCGCGAGUUCGGCGCUUACAUCCUCUCUCUGCCAGAGUCUUCUUUCACGCCGAAUAAGAAGAAGGGCUCGAUUAUCAAUGUUGCUUCCUUGUUGUCUUACCAGGGUGGCAUUACGGUCCCCGCGUACGCGGCGAGCAAGGGUGGUGUUGCGCAGCUGACGAAGGCUCUGAGUAACGAGUGGGUGAGCAAGGGCAUUAAUGUGAACGCGAUUGCGCCGGGGUAUAUUGAUACGGAUAUGAAUGUGGCGUUGAUCAAUGAUGCGAAUCGGAAUGCGGGGAUUAUGGCGCGCAUUCCGGCGGGACGAUGGGGACGGCCCGAGGACUUUAAGGGGCCGGUGGUGUUUUUGGCGAGCGAGGCCAGUAGCUAUGUUAGUGGAGAGCUUGUUACGGUCGAUGGAGGUUGGAUGGGGAGUCUAGAGACGUCAUUUGUUGCCUUGACUGAAGAGGUUGGUGAACUGUUGGUGUCCCAAAAGCCAUUUGUCUAUCGAUUCUACUUCCAUAUCACAAUCUACCCCUCUUUAUAUACGGCCUUUAACAGAACAUCUGCGGCGCUCUUCCUAACCACCACCCUCCGUCAAGCAACAUGUCAUCCCGUAGAUCGUAAUACUCACCUAACUACUUCCCCCGACUCAACCAGCUGUCCCAUGGGGAACCCUAGAAGUAGUUUAGUCACUACCAGGACAGGAAAUGAGACCCCCAUUAAGGGAAAUCUCAUUCCCCCCUCUUCAGGCCCCGUCCUCUUGCGAACAACGCCGCAACAACAGCAACAGCGCCGAACCCUGCGCUAA